AUGCGGAGGAGCCACUACACCAGGCUGAUUCGUGAGGAUAAAGUGAAAUACCAAGAGGCGAUAGCACAAAAAUUCAUUUCUAACUCUAAGCUGUUGUACCAACAGGUCAACUCCAUUCGGAAAGUAAAGUUUGGUAUACCAGUACUAAGUAGCGCUGGAAGAGUUGCAGCCACUCCAACGGAAGCAGCGCAAAUGCUGAAAAUUCAUUAUUCCAACAUAUUCGCAGCGCCACAGAUUGAAGAUUUACAAGUGCCCCACCGGUUGCAUCAUCCUCCACAUCCUUCACUCACCUAUGUAUCAUUUACUGCUGAAAACGUUAAAGCAAAACUAAUGGCUUUGCUAAAAUAUGCAACCCCAGGUGUGGACAACAUACACCCGGCGUCUGUGAUCUUUUUGGCAAAUCACAUAUCCGAACCGCUAGCUAUUCUGUUUCAACGAAUGUUCGACCAAGCAACACUUCCGGAAUCGUGGAGACAAGGAGUCAUUUCGCCCAUAUACAAAGGUGGUUGUCGUAGCCCUGCUUUCGGUGUUAUUGAAAGUCAUGGAGUCAAUUGUGGCCGAUUCUCUGAUGGAGAACCUCAAAGGUACAACAUUCUCUCGAACGCUCAACACGGGUUUAGACAACAAGUGAUCCUGCACCACGAACCUGCUUCUUGUUCGAGAUGA